CAAGUUUGCUUCAGGAUCUGUAAACGCUGCGGCUGCCUGUGGCCAAGUCCGAACGCUCCCAGGGCGGGGGUGCGGUCGUGUAAUAGGAAGCGGAGCACGCUGCAAGCUUCCCCUCAACAGCCGCUACCCGGCCCCUCUCUCUGCCUAGUGCAUCCCCUGGACACCUCCGGGGUCCCCACCAGUGAUCCUGGGAGCCCCCUUUCCGCACCAGCCAUGCCUCUGAGCCGCACGUUGUCUGUAUCCUCACUCCCAGGACUGGAGGAGUGGGAGGAUGAGUUCGACCUGGAGAACGCAGUGCUCUUCGAGGUGGCCUGGGAGGUGGCCAACAAGGUGGGGGGCAUCUACACGGUGCUGCAGACCAAGGCGAAGGUGACAGGGGAUGAGUGGGGUGACAACUACUACCUGGUGGGACCAUACACGGAGCAGGGUGUGAGGACCCAGGUGGAACUGCUUGAGCCCCCAACCCCGGCCCUGAAGAAGACGCUGGACUCCAUGAACAGCAAGGGCUGCAAGGUGUAUUUUGGGCGCUGGCUGAUUGAGGGGGGACCCCUGGUGGUGCUCCUGGAUGUGGGGGCCUCUGCCUGGGCCCUGGAACGCUGGAAAGGAGAGCUCUGGGACACUUGCAACAUCGGGGUGCCCUGGUACGACCGAGAAGCCAAUGACGCUGUCCUCUUUGGCUUCCUCACCACCUGGUUCCUCGGUGAGUUCCUGGCCCAGAGUGACGAGAAGCCACAUGUGGUUGCCCACUUCCACGAAUGGUUGGCAGGUGUUGGGCUCUGCCUGUGCCGUGCCCGGCGGUUGCCUGUGGCCACUAUUUUCACCACCCAUGCCACGCUGCUGGGGCGUUACCUGUGUGCUGGUGCUGUGGACUUCUACAACAACCUGGAGAAUUUCAAUGUAGACAAGGAAGCAGGAGAGAGACAGAUCUAUCACCGCUACUGCAUGGAGCGGGCAGCAGCCCACUGUGCUCAUGUCUUCACCACUGUGUCCCAGAUAACGGCCAUCGAGGCUCAGCACCUACUCAAGAGGAAGCCAGAUAUUGUGACCCCCAAUGGGCUGAAUGUGAAGAAGUUCUCUGCCAUGCAUGAGUUCCAGAACCUCCAUGCUCAGAGCAAAGCUCGGAUCCAGGAGUUUGUGCGGGGCCAUUUUUAUGGGCACCUCGACUUCAAUUUGGACAAGACCUUGUAUUUCUUUAUUGCUGGCCGCUACGAGUUCUCUAACAAAGGGGCAGACGUUUUCCUCGAAGCCUUGGCUCGGCUCAACUAUCUGCUCAGAGUGAAUGGCAGUGAGCAGACGGUGGUUGCCUUCUUCAUCAUGCCGGCUCGGACCAACAACUUCAACGUGGAAACUCUCAAGGGCCAGGCUGUGCGCAAGCAACUGUGGGACACAGCCAACACGGUGAAGGAGAAGUUCGGGAGGAAGCUAUAUGAAUCCUUACUGGUGGGGAGCCUCCCAGACAUGAACAAGAUGCUGGACAAGGAGGACUUCACUAUGAUGAAGAGAGCUAUCUUUGCCACACAGCGGCAAUCGUUCCCUCCUGUGUGCACCCACAAUAUGCUGGAUGACUCCUCAGACCCCAUCUUGACCACCAUCCGCCGGAUUGGCCUCUUCAAUAGCAGUGCCGACAGGGUGAAGGUGAUUUUUCACCCAGAAUUCCUCUCCUCCACAAGCCCCCUGCUUCCUGUGGAUUACGAGGAGUUUGUACGUGGCUGUCACCUUGGGGUCUUCCCCUCCUACUAUGAGCCUUGGGGCUACACGCCAGCCGAGUGUACAGUCAUGGGCAUCCCCAGUAUCUCCACCAACCUCUCUGGCUUUGGCUGCUUCAUGGAGGAGCACAUCGCAGACCCCUCAGCUUACGGCAUCUACAUUCUGGACCGGCGGUUCCGCAGCCUGGAUGAUUCCUGCUCACAGCUCACCUCCUUCCUCUACAGCUUCUGCCAGCAGAGCCGCAGACAGCGCAUCAUCCAGCGGAACCGCACAGAGCGUCUCUCAGACCUUUUGGACUGGAAAUAUCUAGGCCGGUACUACAUGUCUGCGCGGCACAUGGCGCUGGCCAAGGCCUUUCCGGAUCACUUCACCUACGAGCCCCAUGAGGCGGAUGCGGCACAGGGCUACCGCUACCCACGGCCAGCCUCGGUGCCCCCAUCGCCCUCACUGUCUCGACACUCGAGUCCGCAUCAGAGCGAGGAUGAGGAGGAACCCCGGGAAGGGCCACUUGAGGAAGAUGGCGAACGAUAUGACGAGGACGAGGAGGCGGCCAAGGAUCGGCGCAACAUCCGCGCGCCCGAGUGGCCACGUCGAGGCUCCUGCACCUCCUCCACAGGCAAGCGCAGCAACUCAUUGGACACUGCGCCCUCCAGCUCGCUGAGCACACCCAGUGAGCCCCUCAGCCCUGCCAGCUCCCUGGGGGAGGAGCGCAACUAAGAUGGCUACGCCCCCUCCCGCCUCCCACCUGUCCUCUGUGUCCCUCUUCAGAGUGGACACAGCCAGCGGGUGUUCCAGAGUCCCACUCCAGAUCCCCAGUGGGAUCCAACCUUGACUGAUGCACACUUCUGUCCCUCCAGCUCCUUUCUUGGAGUCCCCACACUCCAAAGCCCAAACACUGUGCCUUUCUUGGAUUUCAGAAUGCAUUAUCUGUGCCCCAGAGUCCUCCAGGCUUAGACUGGGUCCCAGAGCCUGGGAAUCUGCCAUUACAUUGCAGGGGCACCAGAGGUGCUGGGAAGCCUGGCCUGUUGUGUUGUAGGCCAAGGCUCCUAGAAGCUUUCAUAGCUUGCAAAUUCUAUAGCAUACACAGCAUGCCGUGCCCAGGCCUUGCCUGGGGACCACCAAGCACUAGAAACCACAUUGUAGGAGCUGGGGAUUUAGCUCAGCGGCAUAAGCACCUGCAUUGCAAGCAGGCGGUCGUGAGUGAGUUCAAUCCCUGGUACCGAUAAAAAGGAAAAAGACAAAAAAAAAAAAAAAAAAGAAAGAAAGAAACCACAUGGUAUCCCUGCUAAUGGGACAACCAAGUCCAGCGAUGGGACACUUUCAGGGACUUAAUGCCAGUGGUUCUUUCUUCCGUUUCAACUCCCGAGCUCCAGGAGGGACUCACCGUGUAGCCCUACCUGGAGUAUCCAGUCCUGCCCAGAGUAUCCCUAAGUGCUCUUGUGGUCACCCACAGUUUGACCAGGCUGAGGGUGGCAUAAGCACUUGGCUCCUCAUUCCUUGUGGAGAGCAUGCAACCUUGGUCUAGACAGCCCUCUGCCUUUCUGGCCUGUUCUGGACAAGAUCCUCCCCUCUUUCCUGAGUCCAAGCUCUCCCCUGAGUCUUUCUGUGCCCUCCAGGGACUCCCUCUGCCUGCCCUAUCCAACCACUCCAUGCACUGUGAAACCACUGGGUUCUAGGUCCCAGCUGCUGCAUCUGAAACCUCACCACUGCGCUGCAUCUGGACCCCUGUUCUAGAGCUGAGCCCACUGGGUUCUAGAAGUUCCAUGGUUACCUUGAGGUUCUUCUGUCCCCAGGCUAUGCCUGGCCCCUGGCUUCGGUGAAGGGAGGGCCCUUCAUGUGUGCAGUGCUGUAUCUGACACUCCACUUUGGUUUGCAGGGGACGGGGAGGGCAGAUCGGGUGUGCCUGGAGUGUGUCCAGAGAUAAAAAGAUCCAUCAGUAUUGAAGAGUCCCAAGUGUCAUCUGACAUGAGCAAUUGGUGGGCCUUGUUCCUGCCUCCCCAGUCCAUGCUGUCCACAUGGUUUUAGGCCCUGUACUGCCCUCGCCCCCCCCCUUCCGGGAAGGACUUACAUUGCUGUCUUGCUGUCCUAAGAUCCCAGCGCUGUGCAAGGAAGCCUCUGACUUCCCUAGUUGGGCUCUGAUACUCAAGUGGCAAAAACGUGCCUCACAUGAUUUUUGGUGUGGAGUUCUGUGACUAAGAGGAUGAUCCACACAGCAGCCAUGAACCCCACGUGGCCACUGAAAUGAAAGGUAGUUUCUCAUUUCUCAGAAUUACCUGCCGUAUGCAUGGUCCAUGGCCACAGGUGGUAUGUGGCUGCCCUGUGGACAUCACAGAUGGACAGACUUGUUUCCAGGACUCUAUUCUCAAAAAACAUCUUCCUUUUUCUGAUCUUCACUAGAAAGGUCAUGUGUGUUUCUCUAAAACUGAGAUGUAUUUCCUGUUAAGUCUGUGUGCAGCAGACAGGGUAAACUUGCAAAUCAUAAAUGGCCACCAAAAGGGGAGUGACAGAAGCAUAGUACUAAUGGGUACCUAAUGGCUUGGUCAUUUCAGCUGGGUUGGGGGGUAUAGGUGUGGGAAACACUUAGCUGGCUUAUACAUAUAUGGCCCUGGGUUUGAUCUCCAGUACCCUGGCCCACCAAAACCCUCCUCCAUAAAAGAACAGCAAGGGAAUCGUCUGACCCAGCAGUUUCUUCAGUUCCCAUUUGGAGUAUUCAGCCUCCAGUUUCGCUUCCCGUUUGUGUGGGGGCCAAACCCCUAGCUCAGUACCCUUUCCCAUUAUGUGGCCCCGGGCUGCCCUGUGCCAGCCUUGGCCUCACUCUAAAAAUAGCAAGUUUUUAGAGUUAGGAGUCUCAGCUGUCAUAUAUUUAAUGGUAGUGACAUCAGUUUGCCCAUGAAAAGGGGCACAAUGCCCCUGGACUCCAACCUGUAGGUUUGGCCCAAUACAAGGCCCCCUAAUUUAUUCCUUAAAACACCCCUUCAGGUUGAGAUCCAGUGUCUGGCCCCACCCCAAGUAUCACAUUAGCUGCCUUCACACAUCCAGGGGAAAAAAACCCUCAGCAACACAACAUACCCUAGAGAUGGGGUCCUGCUUUUUCAGAAAACAGCUAGGGCCAACAGAUCUUUCUGCCAUUGCCCAGCCUAGACUCAUUUUUCCACACUGCAUGUGUAUACACAAGUCCAUAGAACACCACUAGUUGCUGUGAAAGGCUUUAUUUUUCUUUUGGUCCAAGAUUUGGGAGGGGACUCCAAAGAGGUGAAAAAACUGCCUAGUGACUGGAGGGAGAGGGUCCAGCCAAAGCCCUGAUGCCAGUGAUGCUGGAGCCCCUCAGAUACUGCCAGGCUCUGGGGCCUCCUAGUCGUGCUUAAGUGUGAGCCUUUCAAAGAGGUACUCGCCCAGCCCAGCCUGGGGACCAUCCAGCCUGCGGAGGUUAGUGAGGUGGUCACCUAUCUUCUUGAUGAGCUUCACUUCCUCAUCUAGGAAGUGGUUCUCCAGAAAAUCACAAACCUGAAAAGCAAAAGAAGUCAGAAAUCCAAUUCUGGGCCAAGAGGGUGGAGCAAAGCCGUUUCUAACAAUGGGACAUGCAGGAGGCAGGCUCAGAAGUAAAUGUGCCUACGGCUCCUGGGACAGUCACUUACAUGAGGGUCUGUCUUGGCAGAGCCCAAGGCAUGGAGAUCCAGAAGAGCUUGGUUCAGGCUCUUCUCCAGGGUCAGAGCCGCUUCCAUAGCAUCAAGGGUCUUACCCCACUCAUCCUCAGAAGGCUUCUACACAGAAAACAAAAGGCACAGAAACGGCCACGUUAUCGUACACACUCACAGAGAGCUAAAACUACAAAUCUCAGUUUGAGUGAUCCUUUCCUGCAGUAACUUGCACAGCCUACACCUGAUUUCCCAGAAAUCCCAGCGACAACUGAUCAGCUAAGGCCCAGGAGGAGCCCCAUGGCAAGGACUGAAGUCGCUACUUCAGUCCUUGUUUACCUGCACGUCCUGGAAGAGCGCGCGGCCGCCGCGCUGGUUUUGCAUUUUCAGGAGGCGCUCGGCACCCUCACGUUUCUCCUUGGCCAGCUCACGGAAGAAAUGGCCCACGCCCGCCAAAGCCACAUCGUCGCGGUCGAAAUAGUAGCCCUGCGGGAAGAGAUGGCGGGAAGUAUGUGGAGAGUUGAGGCCAGGCAAGCGGCCUCCUCCCUCCGCCUGCCCCGCAAAACAAAGACGGCCUGCGCAUGCGCACAGCCAACAAGUGCGCAGUUACGAGGAAACAGGGCCUAGGGUGUUUGGGGGACCCUUACCAGAGAGAGGUAGGUGUAGGAGGCCUGCAAGUGCAGGUUCACCAAGCGGUUGACGGCAGCCUCCACCUCGGUGGAAUAAUUCUGACGAAUCUGAGAGGUCAUUGCUGAUCAGCGGGAAGGAGCUACCCACAAAAGAACGGUGUAGGCUGGCCCUGGAAGGAGCAGAUGGUCGAGAAGAUGGUCCCAAAAUUUGUACCUGGAGAGUGGAUGGGAGAUUUAAAAAAAAAAAAAAAAAAAAGGAGUCCCCGGGUCUGUUCCGUCCAAA